AUGAACAAAAACGGAACAGCUAAAAUGAAUGAUAAUCAAAUUAGAGCAGAAGGUAGAAGGUUAUUUAAACGCUUCUAUAACAUUCCUGAUGGUGUUAAUCCUAAAACUCGUAGAAGCUAUUUAAAUGAAGCAAUAGAUGCAUAUGAAGGGUUUGACAUUUCAUCAGAAAGUGAGAGAUUAGCGAGAAUGUUAAAUGUUAAUAUUGAUUUCUAUUAUUGUGAUCCUCAACCAGAAGACGUGGACAUAAAUAAGGUAGACUUUCCAUUAGUGGAAUCAAUAAUGAUAGAUCCAGAAUUUGAAACAGUAAAUAUUUUAUUAACACAGAGUUCAUGUGGAAAACUUCACGCUGACAGAAUAACAGACGUUGAAGCACUCACCGGCUAUAAAGUUUGUCCAUAUUGUAAAGAAGAAGUUUAUUCUAUUCGCGAUGAUCCAGAAAGGAAAAACCAAAGAAGAUUUUUAAAGCAUUGUGAGAAAUGUAAAGAAAAUAAUGGGAGAUUAAUUCAAGACGUUCAAUUGCAAAAGACACAGCAACCAUAUGCACCACAUAUUACGAAACAGAAGAUAUAUCAGUGGUUAUUAGCUCACAAUUUUGCAGGAAUAUUAUCACCGACAAGAUAUUAUAUUACUUUUGACUUUGAAACAUUAGAGACUAAAGAAGAAUUACAACUUUCUGAGUGUGCAACUUUGAAUGCUUACUUAAAACCAUUCAUGGUAUCAUCAACGGUUAAAUUAAACGAUAAAACAUAUACGAGGAAUUUUUGUUUAACUUCGAGUGAUUCUUUUAUUUCUGAUUGG